UUACAAACUGCAGUUCCACCUUUGAAAAACCCUUUGAAAUGUUGUUGUUAGCGGGGUUUUUUCGCGUUACCUUCCGUCGCAACGCUUCCUAAAAUACAAUAAAAAAUAUACACCGGUCCACCAGCAGCCGAAGAGCCGCUGCACACGGAGCCGGAGCCGGGGAGCGGGGAGCGGGGAGCGGGGGGGGGCGGUCGAGCAGCGACGCGGCGGUGACAUGUCGAGUGAAGAGAGCUACCUGGCCAUCAUUCGCUACCUGACCGAUGAACGGGAGCCGUACGCACCGGGGACCCCCGGGAACACCAAGCGCAAGAUCCGCAAGGCGGCCACCUGCUACGUGGUGCGGGACGGGACGCUGUUCUACCAGCGCCGCCUGAAGGGCCAGAACGACUUCACGGAGCUGGAGGUGGUGCUGCAGGACGCCCGCAGGACGGAGCUCAUCGACGAGGCGCACACCGUCACCGGGGCGGGAGAGCACCUGAACCAGCAGCUCACCUGGGACACCAUCUCCAGGAAGUACUGGUGGAGAGGGAUCCUGAAGAACGUCAAAGACCACAUCAGAGAAUGCCCCUCGUGCCAGAGCCGGCGCGGCGCCGACGACGGCUCCGGGCCGCGGGCCUUCUCCAGGCCGGGGAGACGCAAGGCGGUCGCCAACGAUGAAGAGGAGGAGGAAGAUGAGGAAGAAGAGGAGGAGGAGGAGGAGGAGGUGGGAGACAACGGCCCGGUCCUCCCCGACUCGUCCUGUCAGCUGAGGGCCAAGACGACGGCCAAGCACGAACUGGUCUUUGUGGACAGUAAAGGUGAGGUCAACCAGUUCCUGCCCAAACACAGCCAGACCAUGCUGGACAAACUCAACCAGCAGCGCCUCUGCAACCAGUUCUGUGACAUCACGCUGCUGAUCGAAGGCGAGGAGCACCGCGCCCACAAGGCCGUGCUGGCGGCGUGCAGCGAGUACUUCAACGAGCUGUUUUUCGCGAAGGGCGCCGCCUCCACCCAUGAGGCCGUGGUCGACCUCUCCGGUUUCACUAAAGUCAGCUUCCUGCCGCUGCUGGACUUCGCGUACACGUCCGCGCUCACCUUCAACUUCUGCGUCAUGGCGGACAUCGCCAACCUGGCUCGCCACCUGCUGAUGACGGAGGUGCUGCAGAUCUGCGAGUCGGUGCACAAGCAGGUGGAGGAGCAGAAGCUGACGGUGUACCAGAGGGGCGACGUGCACACGGUGGUGUCCAGCCAGCCGGCGGCGCAGGACGGCCCGAUGGUGGUCACCAUCGAGGGCGACGAGCCCCUGGCCUUCCUGGCGGCGGCGGCGACGGAGGAGGCCGACGCCCAGCAGCCCGUGAGCGUUGUUGCCGAGGCGACGGAGGGGGGCGGGGCGCAGGGCGGCGAGGCGGUGACUCUGAUGGCUCACGAGCCGGGCGAGACGCUCACGCUGAUCUCCGGCGGCUCGGAAGGGGACACGAUGACCGUGGUCACGCACAGCGGGCAGGCGGGCGCCAGCGAGUCCCUCGCCGUGGUGUCCGCCUGCCUGGCGAUGGAGGAGCAGCAGCAGCAGCCGGCGGCGGCGGCGGCCUCCGAAGUGUUCGUCAUCAACGUGGACCCGGACAGAGCGAGUCCCUCGGAGGUCGUCAAGCUGUCCUCGGACGCGGAGGCGGCGGCGGCGGUGGCGGUGCCCCCGAAACGUAAACGGGGACGUCCGGCCAAGGUGAAGGUGAAGAAGGAGGUGGAGCUUUUCGCUCCUCUGGAGGAGGAGGAGCCCUCUGCUGACGAAGGACACGGAGACAAGCAGGACGCAUCGGACGACCCCAAGAGGAGACGACUCCGACAGCGCUCCAUCGCCGAGGGGGGGUACGCCCGCCUGCACAUGGGCCUGGAGGAGGAGGAGGAGGAGGAGGAGGGGGGAAAGAAGGGGCCGACGUCUCCGCGAAAUGCUGCUUUAAAGGCGCCUAUUAGGACGGGUAAAAGGGGACGACCUCCAAAGCAGCCGGUGGAGCCUCAAGGUGAAGGUCAGCCUGAGCCGGGGGCGGAGCCUCAGCCCUGCGCCGUGGAAGGCGAGACGCCAGCAGAGCUCGUUGCGGACGAGGCGGGACCGAAGGGGGCGGAGCCAGAGACAGCCGAGGUCAAGCAGCAGCAGGAGGCGGCGGCGGCGGCGGACGUCGACGGGGAGCACAAGUGCGCGAGGUGCGGCGCGUCCUUCCAGAGGCGCUUCUCCCUCAUCAUGCACAUGCUCAAACACGAGAAGGCUCGCGGCUACAAGUGCAGCCUCUGCAGCAAGGAGUUCCAGUACGCCGCCUCGCUCCGAGCCCACCUGGCCCGGCACAAGCAGCAGAGCAGCCAGCGGGCGCCGCCCGCCGCCGCCGCCAAACCCCCCGCCGAGGCCCGGCCGCACGGCGACCUGGACGGCAGGGCGGCGGCGCCGCAGACCAAGCGCGAGUUCGUGUGCGACAUCUGCGGCAAGACGCUGCCGAAGCUCUACUCCCUGAGGAUCCACAUGCUGAACCACACGGGCGUCCGGCCGCACGCCUGCAAGGUCUGCGGGAAGACGUUCGCCCACAAGCACGGCCUGAAGAUGCACCGCACGCUGCACGACCUCACCAAGCAGUUCCAGUGCGAGUACUGCACCAAGUCCUUCGUGAGCAAGCGCAGCAUGGAGGAGCACACCAGCCUGCACACAGGUGAGUCAAAGUACCUGUGCAACACGUGCGGGGCGACUUUCCAUCGAGCGUCGGCUCUGAGCAAACACCUGAAGAAGCACAUGCCCAAACCCGACGUCCGCCCGUUCGCCUGCACUCAGUGUGACAGGAGGUUCUACGAGGCCAAAGACCUGCAGCAGCACAUGAACAAGCACAUGGGUCUGAAGCCGUUCCAGUGCCAGGUUUGUGGGAAGUGCUACAGCUGGAAGAAGGACUGGUACUCGCACGUCAAGUCCCACAGCGUGGCCGAGCCCUUCAAGUGUAACGUGUGCGGGAAGGAGUUCUUCGAGAAGUCUCUGUUCCGGAGACACGUGAAGAAGGCGACGCACGGGAAGAAGGGCCGAGUGAAGCAGAACCUGGAGCGGGAGUGCGAGCAGUGCGGCAGGAAGUUCACCCAGCUGAGGGAGUACCGGCGCCACGUCAACAACCACCAGGGAGUGAAGCCCUUCGAGUGCCUGACGUGCGGCGUGGCGUGGGCCGACGCGCGCUCCCUGAAGCGCCACGUGCGCACGCACACGGGCGAGCGCCCCUACGUGUGCCCCAUGUGCCAGGAGGCGCACAUCGACGCGCGCACGCUGCGCAAGCACAUGACCAAGUUCCACAGCGACAACCUGCCGGGGAAGAUCAUGCUGGAGAAGGACACGCUGCAGUUCCACAACCAGGGCACGCAGGUGGAGCACGCCGUCAGCAUCAUGGCCUCCGAGCUGCCGCCCGAGCUGCGCCCGGCGCCCCCCGCCGUCCCCACGGAGGAGAUCGAGACGGUGCUGAUCACCGACGAGACGGUGGAGGCCAUGCAGGCGGUGGUGGAGGUGGCGGGCGACGGCUCGGCGGCGGCGACGCUGUCGGACCAGGGCAUCAUGCAGGUGGUGAACUACGUCCUGGCGCAGCAGGGCCUCGCCGACCCCAAGGUGGAGGAAACCCACGAGGUCAUCCAGACCAUGGAGGUGGAGGUGGGCCACGUGGCCGAGGUCGAGUGAGAGACACGAUGCCCCCCCCCGAAGAAAUGUUACAGCAUGUAAAAAAGACGCUUUCUGUGAAUGUAAAUAUACGAGAAUCACGAGGAGUUCUGAAUAAAUAAAUAGAUUCAUGACGACUCAGA